AUGGCGAUCACAAACACAGAUUCGGAUCAUCUCAAGACGGCGCAAGAGGCGCCCAGCGUACGAUGGGAGUUCAUCGACGCUUCAAAUAACAGCCGAAGCAAUCUCACUCGGGUCAAGCGUCAUGUCAUGCAAGAAUACAUGCGCCAAAAGAAGGGAGGCUCACGCAACAGCGAGAGUGAGGACGAGCAAAUUCACCCUGUCUCGCCAGCUCGUCGUUCAAAGAAGAGCCGCACCAGUACCAGGGGAACGACGCAACGGAAACCCAAGACUGAUCAACAAAAGGCUCAGCCGACAACUUCGAAAAAGAAGCGGAACAAAGCCGACACGAUAGACCACACCGAUUCGGCAGAGGAGGUGGAAGAAGUCUGUCGAAACUUGCCCGCCGAGUCUAUUCGGGCAUCAUCAUCAUCAUCAUCAUCAUCAUCGUCGUCAUCAUCAGCCAAUCCUGUUGAGGACGCUCUGUCUGUGUGUCUCCGAAAGUCAGUCUCUUCGUCGUAUGAGUCCGUCAAAUCCUCAGACGACCCGGCUGAAGUGCUUCUAUUUCCUCAAGAGAAUCACCCGCAAGACCCCUAUUGUUCACCAUCCUGGUCGUCUGCGUCCCCCACAUCGUCUUUUGGAUUCCCAAGGUCCCCACGAACCAUUCUCAGCGCGGCCCGGACAGACCCGUUCAAUUCACUCCCCGUCGAACUCGAUCUGGAGGGCCAACAGCUGUUUGAUUUCUAUGUCAACGAAAUGCCCGCUUGCUCUUACGGUUCCCAUUUUCGUUCGCCUAAAGCCCACAAUUGGUACACACGCGUCUUUGUGCCUGAGGCGAUGAAAGGUGCCGUGGCUUUCCAGAACACCAUCUUAGUUCAUGCAGCCAAUACCUGGGCUUGGGUCCGUAAUCUGACCGAAACCCCUCAUACCCUUCUUCACCGGGAUCGGGCGUUGUCCAUGUUGCGAGACCAUCUUACUAACAACCCACAUGACACCUCCGAUGUGGCGAUCGUCUCAUGUUUGAGCGCAGCCGCCCUCGAGGAUUUCGAUCCUCGGCCGGGUCACAAGGAGAUCAGUUGGAUGCAUAUGCGCGCGGCCCGAGAGAUGAUCAGGUCUCGAGGGGGCUCGGUUGCUUUUGAGAACACCCGGCUGGGAAUGUUGAUCAAUUGGCAAGAUUAUAUCUUGUCCGGCUACGAGACGCCCCCGCGCGGUAAUGGUUUCUUCUUUGAUCAGCAUCCGGCCCCCUCCCCAAUGUCAUCGAAACCCCGAAGCCUUUCAACUGAAUCAUCCUACAACAACCUUCACUCCCUGCCAUCUCCGCCCGAGUCCACCUCCUCGAUCUGCUCCGACCUCCCUGCCUGUGUCGAACCCAGCCAGGCCGCUGGAAUGAUGCAGGGUCCUUCCUCCGUCGACGAAAUUCGGCUCCAAUGCGAAGAAUUUCUCGACUUCCUCCGCCGCUGCGAACAGCUCACUCUUUACCAGCGUGAGAACCCCACAGCGUGUGACCUGUCCCGGCACACUGCCGUUCAAAGUACUUCCCUUUUACACCGAAUCCUCGUGGCCCCAUCCGGUGCUCGAUUCACAGCAUCCGGCGAUCGGAAGCAGAUGGUUGCUCGCAUGACUGCGCUCAUGAUGCUGAAUGCCGCGCUGUGGGACUAUCGGUAUUCUCCGGCUCAAACGAGGACUUUUCUUUGCACAUUAGAACAGGCCAUGACAGACAGUGAAGUCAGCAUUAGCGGAUCGGUCGAAGCAAUCCUGCAGAUUCUGCUUGAAUGUAACGACGGCCCACGGGGAACAUGCGCCGAUUCGAGUUCCGACUUUUCCCAGUACUCCGCUACAGCGACCUCGCCCUCUGCCCGUCCCUGGUUCGUUGGUCGAAUGUUGAAGAUUGUCAAACGAUUAAGCCCUGAUUCUUGGCAUCAAGUUAACAACUUUUUCUUCUCAUGCCUUGCAUUGCAAAUACGUGAGCUUGGAGUGUGUCUAUGGGAGCCUGAAUUGCGCCGUGAAAUUCUUGAAGCCCCAUUGACCAGCUACAUCAUGCCAGCACUCUAUUGA